AGAAGGUAAAGGGAAGAGCUUUACAUCAGGAGGGGAAGGACAAGGCUCUUGUUGAUGCCAAUCGAGAAUAGCUCUUUGGGGCUUAGGGUUCUUGUAGGAUUUCCUAUCGCCAACUUUUGGCCGGACUGCGGAUCCAUGGCCCGCUAGAGAAGGGAGCGGCGGCGGCGGCGGCGGAGGAGGAGGAGGAGCAGGGGGGAGAUGGGGGUGUCCUUCAAGGUCUCGAAGACCGGGAAGCGGUUCCGUCCGAAGCCGACGCUGGUGCAGGAAGAGACCGGCCUAUCGGGAGAGAGCUCUCGUGUUCUCGUUCGUACUGGGUCGAAGCGCGAGGUUGAUAUCCCUGAGGCUGUAAAUGGUGUUGAUCAUCUAUUGCCAGAGCAUGAGGUCUCUUUUACCUUGAACCUUUUUCCGAAGGGAUAUUCCAUUGGGAAACCUACUGAGGUAGAGAAUGGUCAAACUCUACUUCAGGAUGUGAAGUCGUUGCAUCCAUAUGACAGGGCAUCAGAGAGCCUUUUUUCUGCAAUUGAGUCAGGUUGGUUACCAGGAGACAUUCUUGAUGAUAUACCUAGCAAGUACUUUGAUGGGGCCAUUGUCUGUGAGGUACGGGACUAUAGAAAUUGCACAUCUGAACAAGGAACUGUUAUUUCGGCUUCCAAUGUGGUUCCAAUUUUACAUAAAGUGCGAUUAAGGAUGUCACUGGAAAAUGUUGUUAAGGACAUGCCUUUAAUAGCUGAUGAUUCUUGGACGUAUAGUGACCUCAUGGAAGUGGAGGCACGAAUUUUGAAAGUUAUACAACCACGUCUUUGUUUAGACCCUACUCCAAUGUUGGACAGACUUUGUAAAGACUCUAGUGCUAGUAAGCUUAAUCUUGGUAUUGGUAAAAGGAGGAGAUUGCAACAAGUUUCUGAAGUGACUAUUACUAACAGUAUCGAAAAUUCUGAAAAGAAUACCUGCAUUGAUAGGAUACCCAUGAAUGCUAACUGUGUAGCAGGAGGUCCAGGAACCCAAAUAACCAAUGCAUCACUUCAACAAGUUUAUGAGAACAUUCCCAUGCAACAUGGAUCAAGUGGGAUUCCAUCUUUCAGACCUAACACUUAUGGACAGGAAGUCAUCAGAGCUGCCUUGCCGUUGCCUUCCCAGUCCAAGCUUCAACCAGCUAUCAACUCAGCUACUGUUGCACAAGAUCAUGCAUCUGGACUUCCAGGCAGUUUUUCUGGGGUUAAUGCAAAAAUGUCAUCAUCUCAGAACAUGAUGAGCUCUUAUACUGACACCAUCGGAAGUAAUUCUCCUGUUUCCAUGAAGCGGGAGAAUCCAGAUGCCCAGUUGACAUCUAUGGCAGCAGCCAUGAAGAGACAAAAGCAGACACCAAUAGGACUAGAUGGCAUUCAGCAGCAGCAGCAAACAGGCCCUCAAUUGGUUGGACUGGCAGGUACAGAUAUGCAAUGGAAAAACCAACUUUUACAGUCACAGCUAGACAUAAAGGGGAUUCAGUACUCUUCUACUUUGGCUGGUCAAAGAUAUCCUUCUUCCGCGAUAAAUAAUGUACCUAAUCGUGAGCAGGGAACAUCUUUUUACUUUAAUCAACAAGGUAUGAGAUUUGGUGCUAAGGAAGAACAGACAGAUAGGCAAGAACUUGAGAGAUCUAAAGAUGCUCUGGACUCAGAUAACAGUGCUCUUGAUCUGCAACAGUCACGAGCACAUUUGCUGCAGCACUCAUCUAUGAGAAACCAUCCUCCAACUGCUGUCCAGUGGACGAAUGCACGACCAGUACCUGAGAAGGACAUGGGAAAGGAUGAUGCACUUCAAAGGAGGAAAUCAGUGCCCAGUCCACGAGUCUCUUCUGGGCCCAUGGUUCAGUCGCCAGUGUCAUCAAGAUCGGGAGAGAUCUCUAGUGGUUCCGUAGGUGGGCAGUUUGGUGGUGUCGCAACAGCUUCUGCUAUGGGAGUGCAAAAGGAUAAGUUAGCAGCAAAUACUAAUGCUGCAAUUGGUGCCCCUUCUGUGACUUCUAGUCCCAGUGAUUCUGUGCGACAACACCAGACCUCAGGGACUGGUAAACGCAAACAAAAUUCAAAGACACCAGCUGUGAGUGCAGUUGGAUCUCCUGCCAGUGUUAAUAAUGUGAACUUUCCACUGAUUGCUAACAGCCCGUCAAUUGGGACUGCACCUGUGGGAGAUCAAGUCAUUCUUGAGAGAUUUGCAAAAAUUGAUGCGGUAGCCCAGAGAUACCAACUCAAUAUCAAGAAGAACACAGUCGAUGAAUAUCCUGCAAGGGAACCAGUACAGUAUUCAACUCAGCAACUUGCAUUUUAUCUCUCUGACUCAUUCAAUUGUGAAGAUUUCACAGACCAAAUAAAACCCAUGUCGAAGUCUCUAAUUGGUGGAACAAUCAAUACUUAUAAGGCCAGAACAAUGAACUUCUUGCGCAGUGAACGGCUGUAUCAAGUUCCUAUGAGGUUGACGAUGACUGAGAAGCCCUUUGAUGGCACGGUAUCAAUGCAGUAUGGAUGUGUGGAUGAUUCUGAUAGUCAUGAUUACCAUCUGACCUUGUCCACAACUCACCAUGCAGAUUUGCUUGCAGCACAGUUUGCUAUACUGAUGGACCGUGAUGGAUAUCAGAAAACUGACGAUCAAAUCCGACCUGUACCGAUCCGCAUGGUUGCUCCUCCAAGUAAUUUGGCCCCAGUUUCAGGAAUAAUGUCAGAUGGCACUGCAUCUGAAAUGAAACAAGCAGAACUAGCUACAGGUCAGCCACUGCAAGUAGCUGCCCCAGCUGUUGCCAAUGGUGUGGGACCUAUCAAUUCUUCCCAAAACCCUUCAACCAAUCCAAGAAUGCUGACAUCUGCAAACAACAGCCAGGCACUGGCGAUAUCACAAGGUUAUAUCCCAGGCGCUGCUAUGCCUGCUAGGAUACAGCAGGUCGAUCAAUCUUUGCUUCAACAGCAGCAACAGCAACAGCAGCUGCAGCAGAAUACACAAUCACAAUUGCAACAACAGCAACAACUUUCAGUCAGUCAUGUUCAGAGGUCAUCUCCACUGCUCACGACAAAUCCAAUCUCUCAGAUAAUGGGUCAGGCGUCAAAUCUGCAGAUGAACACUAAUCAGAUGGUAAACAGCAAGCCGACUCCUCUGCAGCUACAGAUGCUGCAGCAGCAGGCACAGCAACAGCAACAACAGCAGCCACAGCUUGCAAGGAAGGUGAUGAUGGGGCUUAAUCCAAAUAUUAGCAUGGGACACAGUGUGAUGAGUAUCGGUGGCCUGAGCAAUGUCAUAGGCAUGGGUGGUGUCCGCGGCAUAUCUUCCCCCAUGGGGCCUAUUUCAGGCUUGGGCAACAUUAGUCCCCACCAGAUGAACCUUGCAUCUGCAUCCAAUUUCAGUCCUGGUCCCCGCUCAAGUUCUCUUUCACCUGCCCAAGCUGCUGCCGCUGCAAUGGCAACAAAGCUGAGGAUGGCACAAAGUAGAGGUCUGUAUGGUCAGUCUGGAAUUACUGGUAUGGCAGGAAAUACCAACCAGAUGCAUCCAGGUUCGCCGGGCCUGUCUAUGCUGGGUGCACUGAACCGAGCAAAUAUGAGCCAGCGGGGUGGAAUGUCACCUAUGGGUCCUCCUAAAAUACCUGGAACCAACUUUUACCUGAAUCCUCAGCAGCAGCAACAUCUGCAACAGCACCUUCAGCAGCAACAGCUACAGCAGCAGCAACAACAGCAGCAGCAGCAGCAAAUGCAGCAGCAGAUAAGCUCUCCAUUGCAGCAGCCUCAGGUUGGUUCUCCACCAAUGGUGGGUUCCCCAACAGCCAUGGUGAUGCAGCACCAGCAGAUCAGUCCCCAACAGAUCGGCCAACAGACUGCAAUGAGUCCCCAACAGUUGAGCUCCGGUGCAUUGCAGCACAUGAAUAAUAGUGGUAAUCCUGCAGCUGCACCGGCGAGUCCGCAGUUGAGCUCCCAGACCCAUGGCUCUGUUGGUAGCAUCACAAGCUCCCCCAUGGAGCAGCUGCAAGGUGCAAAUAAGGCCGCUUCAGCCGGCAAUGUAUGAGUUCGUUCAGAUGGGAGUGUACCCAUGAUUGAUUAAUCUUCCUACAUAUUGCAUAGAGAGAUGGUGUUGGCAGGGAUCGACGAUUCAACUGUUAACAGCUUCAAUAAGCGAUUGGAAUCUCUUCAAACUGCAUGUAAAUAGCUUGUCUAGUGUAUCACGGGUUCAUGUAUGCUGUGAAUUCAUUGGACGAAUUGGGAAGAAACAAUGAUGCCUGCUCUGUAUAUUAAAUUAUGCUUUGUGACACUCCGUUAUAUUUUGCCUAUAAAGAUAUUGGUUUGAGUUGCAA